UCUAGGACGUGCAAAUAUGAAUUGAAUCCUCGAAUCAGGCUUCGUAUGAGUUUCUGCUGGAUUUAUGUGUACUGGGAAAUACAGUAACUUCCAGUUUCACUCGUCUUCAGUUGAAACAUGUGACUCCAACUCUUCAAAUGAAGAAGUAACAAAGCUGGGACAGGAUUAUACUUCUAAAUAUUCAUACCCAUGUCGCUGGGAUCAACUUCCGUCAAACAAACAUAUCUUCGCCAAUUAUAACUUCCCAUCUAAAUUAAUCUACAGAAACUUGCAGCCUGAGUAUUGGUGGAGUCAGUAUUCAACUAGUUUGAAAGAUAAAUGUCUGAAAAAUCGUUGGUUGUCUUACAUUGGGCAAUGUGAUGAAAGAUAUGACUUAACAGAGUAUCAACUGAUACGUGAAAUUAUCUGGGUCCUGCUUGGUGCCAGGCGGAGCUUUGUUAUGCAAUUAUGUGAAAACCAAGUGGUAGAUAUUUGUUGCAAACCACAUUUUGUAUCUGUUAGCCAUUUAUCUUAUAGUGCUCUUGAUUCAUUGCUACGGAAGUUCGUUGAUUGGAAUAAUCAUAUACUAUUCAUCAGACUUGUAGUCCAUUUUGUAGUCAACAGAAUGGACUGCAUAUCUCAUGCUUGCGCCUUUUCUUUUGCCAGUUGCUUGAAUGGAUUUUUGUCUCAACUUGAUGAGUUCUUGCAUGCGAUGGAAAGUAAAAGCCGUAAUCCAGGCAUUUCCACUAUGAUCAGUCUUUAUCACUGUUUGAUCCCUUGGUGUAACCGUGUUAAGAUACUGUCGAAAAUCAUAAAAGAUGUCAUUAAAAACGACCUUGAUAACUUACGAGAUACAAGUACGAUCACAACUUUGCUGGAUGCACUACAUCAUACUUCAGAUUUACUAGAAGACUGUGGUUUUGACCAGUACAUCGUCCAAUUACUACGUUCUAUGUUCAUCAUCACAUUUCAUCCAUUCAUUUCUUCACUAGUCCAGCUGUUUUCAGGGUCUGCGACUUUCACCGACCCAUUGGUAAAAUUGUUCGCUGAUAUAAAUUUUAAUAUACCACCUAAUGAUCCAAAAUUCUGGUCUGAUGCCAUUAAGCCGCGAAACAAUGUGUUAGGCUCAUCCCACGUACCGUAUAUGUUUCUUCCUAUUAUGGAUGAGGUAGUCGAUGGUCUUAAAACUAUCUUCUUACUCAUUGCGGUCUGUGAAAAAAUUGGGGACUACUCCUUCCUCGAAACAGUUGAUUCAAACUCUAUUUGUAUCUCUUUGGAUUCUCUCUUAAGCGAACAACAUUUUUGUCUUGAACUCAACCACCAAGAAUCCUAUACCUCGAAAAAUUGUUACAAAAUUGAUGAAUCAAGGACCACACUCAAAUCCUUGGAGUCACAACUAAAACGUUUUGUUUGUAAACGAAGAAUGUCAAUUAAUCAACAGUUGUUGAAGUUAUUGCUUCUCUCACAUAUGCGUAGGCGAACUGUAGGAAACUGCCUAGCUGUUGCGGGAGCAGUGUAUCUUUUCGGUGCUGGUGAUAAUAUGAACGAUUUCGCUCGCCAGUGUUUCAGGAAUAUUGCAUUUUCAAGAUCCAAGAAGCUGAACCUUGCUGAGCUCACCACUAAUCUACAGAGUCAGUUAAGUGGUACUUUCAGGAACCGUCAUGUAUCUCAUUCACUCCUGCUUCUAGAGUCUCCUUUCUUCACAUUUGAUCUUCAUAUGGAUCAACCAGUUGAUGAUCGACCUAUGGAACUGACUUUUGAUGUGAUUGGUAAUUUAAGACUUAAUUAUCAUCUGGACUGGCCAGCGAAUAUCAUUUUGGAUGAAAACAGUAUUGGAAUUUAUAACGAUGUCUUCAUUUUCUUGCUUCAGAUUAAAUACGUUAAAUGGAGUCUUGAAAACUUACAGUUCAGCACUCCAGAGAAAAGAGUUUCAACUUGUUUCCCCAUCAACCACUGUCUUAUCAUAUUACGUAUAAAAAUGUUGUUUAUCUUCACAAGCCUACAUGAUUUCUUGGCACACAGAAUUGAAGCUAUCCGAACUCGAUUUUCAUCUAAGUGGUGUCUUCCUGAAUUUUAUUCUACUACAUCUAUCAAUCACAAUAUCCCCGAAACAAAUACUUUCUCUGAUCUUGUGCAAGAUCAUAAAAAUUUGCUCAAUGAAUUACAGUCCGUGUGCCUAUUAACCGAAUCUACUUCGCUUCUUUUUACAGAGACAUAUAACCUUUGCAAUAUGGGCCUUCAGCUACGAGAAUUAUGGUUAAAGAGCCUUUUAUCUCCAAACUAUGAAACUUCACGUUUUACAGUAAAAAUUGAGUUUCUUUCUGAGCAAUUUGACAAUCAUGUACAGUUCUUUUCGACAAUGCUAACACGCGCAGUACGUUUGAGUACUGCUAAACAGCUUUUGUACCUGUCAAGUUCUUUUAAAACUGCGGCCUCGUUUCCUACAAAUAUUUUUAAAUUAAUUCCUUCCAAAUGACACUGUCAUCGAAUAUGUAUGAAAAAUAAAUAUUUUUCUGUGCG